AAAAAGAUGACUGUGAUUUGAAAAAACAAAAUUAAGAAAGUGAUCUCAUGAGGCAGUGUUUGGUUUUAUUAUCAUCAUUCUAUUAUUCUGUGAUGGACCAACAUAUUAGCAUAUAAAUCAGUAACAGUUUUUAUAGUCGGGAUCGGCCUUACCUUUAUUUUAAGAAAGAUUUUAGCCUUCAACAUCAUGGCAGAGAACCAAGGUGUGAGUCCCUUCCCUUUACCUCCCAGCAAGUAUGUUAACAUGUACACAGAUGAUAAUGUUAAGAGAGGCCGGGCUCCACUUCCACCUCCUCCAAUUCAGGAUACAUACACAAUGUUUGGUGCACAGUUCAAUGCAGAUGAUGCCAUAAUUAGACCCCUGGAAUCUCAGGGGUUUCGGCGCCUUCAUCCUCAGAAUUAUGAUCACAAAAGAGAGCUGAAGAAGCUGAAUCAUUCCAUUCUGGUUAACUUCUUGGACUUGAUAGACAUUCUUAUUAAAGCUCCAGACUCCACAAAGCGAACAGAAAAACUGGAAGACCUGAAUCUAUUGUUCAUUCACAUGCAUCACUUAAUUAACGAGUUCAGGCCUCACCAGGCACGAGAGACCCUUCGUGUCAUGAUGGAGAGACAGAAAAAAGAACGAGCACAAAUAUCGAAGAACUUUGAGACUCAUUUAAACAAAGUGAAAGAACUGAUUCAGACCAGUUUGCAAAAUUUGCCUGAGGAUUUCAGCUUCGACUCUAAAAGUUUGGUCAAAACGGAACUUUUGCAAGCAUCACAGCAUCACAAUGGCUAUGACAUGGAGACAGAAUCAUGUGAUCAGCUGGACAGAAUGAUGUGUGACAUUGUAGAUGGAAUGGGAUAAUGCUAUGUAGCUUUGAUUCUGGAAUAAAAUUGAACUUUUCAA